AUGCAUGCCUGCCUACUCAUUCCAGAGAUCGUAAAACUCAUUUUCGCCAACGUUCAUGUCUACGGCACCGAUGGUUUUUCAGUCGUACAUUUUAUAGAUCUCUACUCCAAACUAGCCACGCGACGGUAUGUGGCUGGGCGACAUUCUCUAGCCGCUCUCUCUCGGGUCUGCCGUUCCUUCAAAGAUAUAGCUUUGGAUGCGUUAUGGGUCAAGCUGGAUAGUCUAGAACCUCUUUUCGCUUGUCUCCCACGAGAUUUAUGGACCAUGACUGAUGAUAGGAAGCUUCUCAUACAGAGACCUGUAACCGAAGCAGAUUGGUCGGUCUUCGAGCAAUAUGCAUCUCGGGUGCGGAUUUUGGGAAACGCAGAUUUUGAUCUUUUCGGAGGCAUAGACGCGGAGUUUGUCUACGCCAUGAUAGGUUUUUGUUCACAGUCGCUCCUGGUGCCCAACCUUCGAAUACUCUGCUGCAAAGGAUAUCGAUAUCCUGAUAGUUUUCCAUUCGUGUAUGCGUUACCUCCUGGGUCCCAACCUCAUUCAUCUGUUUGUGUCAUCGAGUUCGUCGGACCACAUUCAAUGUGCCCUCGAGUCGGUGAGCUUGCUCUCUGUGGGCUCACGCACCUGCGGAAGGCAACUCUCAUCUUUCCAAGCCGGGAAGAUCUGUCCUGGUUAUCUCGUAUCGUUGGCCUUCAAGAGUUGCGGAUCGUUCUCGCUGGAAUUCUCCCUCCCCUCAGAUCUCAAUUUCGUACCUCUUACCUGGAAAAAUUAGUCAUCCACUCAUUUAAUUUGACCACGAGUGGAAGUUCAGUAGCAGGGUGGGUUGUUCCAUGCAGACAGCUGCAGCUCAUUCCCACCUUUACUGAAUCCGCGGUUGCCGUCGAACGUGUCCUGCGCAUGUUGGACCAACGUCUACUUUUUGAUGUUCUGGAGCAUAUCCUGAUAGACGUAGUAUUCGAGCCUAAUCAUAUCGACAAGGCAUUCACCCUGCAAACAUUCACUCCCCUUAUGCGCUUCUCCAGUCUGAAAGAGGUCGACCUUUCGACAUUUUGUAUGUCAUUGCUUGAUGACGAUGAUCUUGGUUCUAUCGUCAAGUCCUGGCCACGCCUCGAGUGCCUUUAUCUCGGGACCAAAUGUUUCUGGCAGACGCCACCCAAAAUAACCUUUCGGGGUCUUGUGACCUUACUUGCCACCUGCCCCGAUCUCAGAAACCUCGGUUUGGUAUUCGACACUACGAAGGUAGCUUCGCCUACGGCUGAGAGAUUAGGACAUGGGGUCUGCAACACAAAUAUCACCCACUUUCAUGUUGGGUGCUCUCCGAUCGAACAACCACUCGAGGUUGCGGUCUUGCUUUCGGUAGUUUUGCCGUGCUUGGGAGAAUUUCUUGUCGAGUCCUGGCUAGUUAAGCCUGGGGGUGAGAGCGGUCCUGACCGACAGGCACGAAAUGCCAAGUGGGGAGAGGUAUUGGAGCACAUUAGCCAUACUUUGAUCAAGCAAGAGAGUAACGCCACAGUGAAGACCAGGGAUGUGACGAGCUAG